AUGCCAGUUGGGCGUGUGCAUCGUUAUCUGAAGCUUGGUCGCUACGCCCGGAGAACGUCGACAGCUGCUUCGGUCUACCUCUCAGCUGUCAUCGAGUAUCUGGUUGCCGAAGUUAACGAACUUUCUGGAAAUGCAGCUAAAGCAAACAAACGGUUCGUCUUAUUCUAAAGUUAGACAAACUUUACCUAUUUAUACGAGAUUUUCGUUCACACUGCAUAUUUUACUACUUGAAGUUCCGUGCUAGCGGAUUCGUUCGUCCCAGUUGCGGGGCCAACAGCUGGGAUUUUAGCAGAUGACCCAGUCACUCCCGUCUUCCAAAAUUUAAUGACCAGAAGUAGUUAACUUGCACGACUUUUUCCGCGUGGCAAUCGGCCCGCGGAACGCGCCCACGUUAUCUGUUCCGGAAAGAAUUAGCGCAUUACUAAUAGAUCGUCUGAGACGGGAUCGUCUCCCUCCCUAGGAUGUGGCCAUUUGUUGACAGGGUUGCUGGAAAGUCAUACCUAAUUUUGAAAUGUGGCCUCAGCAAGGCUCCCAGCAUACAUUGUGCGAGUUUUUGGUGACUGAUUUGAGCGGAGGCUCCCGUUUUAUGGCCAUAUUUGUGAAGGUUUGCUCGUUUGGCAGACGUAUCGGCCUUGGUCUUAGUAUUACCAGACGAUCGCGUUUAUAACCCAGCGAGGUGCCUCUCUUCUCCUGGGACUAGUUACAUAGAAAAGGCCUAACGUUCAGUCAAAGGUAGGAGUGAGGCUGUGUAGUCGGGAAGUAAUUUUAAAGUCGCUGUACCUGCGUUUCGCUCCCAUCCCGCGUCAUAUUCAGUGUUUCUCCUCGCAGAGGCUGCCCUACGCGUAAUUAAACACCCGCUCAACUUUAGGUUCAUCUCUGUCGCACUAAGUCUAAAAGCCGUUCAGGGAUGUCUUGAUUAAUUUUUAACGUAAUACAGGUGCGCUUAACAGUUUUGCCCAGCGAACGAUUCAUUUUAGUGGAAUAGAUUGACAGCUCAGCCCUGUUCUAAGUUCAGUAUUAAGCUCUCGUGUUACCUUCUUGAAAGUCCAACGAUGGUAUCGUCUCUCCUUGAGUUUAUUUAUUCACGGUCCCCUAACCCUGUUUAAGUAGAGAGAAGCAAAUUAAAAUGUUCAAACUAAGGCGGAGAACCUUACUUCGCGAGAUUUACACAAUGUGGUAUUGCGCCUUAUCGUAUUUCCGACUUGAAUGUGCACACUAGCCGGUGUGGAACUUCUUCCUAGCGUUCAGACUGUACCCUUUAGAGGUGCGGAAUAGCCUAAGCACGCUUAUUUUUCCAAUAGUUUGCUUUCCAAAAAUUGUAAAGUAAUCGCACUUUCCUCCACCUUUUAUUCUCGUGCACGGUUUCCCGGUUAAAUAUUGUGGUCGCUCCGUGUUAAUAGCUUGUCGGCGAUACCUCAUAGAUAUUCUUAAUUUAAUUUGGUACAAAGAAUUAUUUUUGGGCAACAUUCGUACUGUGCUGGGUGCUAGCUAUUACCGUAAGUCGUUUAGAUACAUGUGCACUCUGCAUGCGAGUGCCUAUCCUAGAUUCAUCGCGUUUUACGGUCUGGUACUUCUACCUUAAGGGGGUCGGAAGAUUUAGACGGUGCGCACGUCGUGUUAUUCGCAACUUAAAUGAAAACGACCAGCCUGUGGCAAAGUUCUUCAUCUCGUGUCCCUUAUACCAUUGCCCACCGAGAACAGAGCCAUGUCAAAUCCUCUUAACUUUUCAUGCCCAUUAAGAUUGACACAAGAGAAGCUUUGCACACGCAAGUCCUUGUGGGCAUCAACAAGUGCAAGUAGCUUAACACAACUAAAGUUUACCACCUCUCCCCCAAACAGAAAAUGUUAGUUUAGGAUUAUGAUUUCGCAUUCUGAUUCUAAUAACUCACCCGUUUUGCCCACACAUGAAUUUUUUCGGUACCGUGCCCGUUUCGGUUUUUGAGGCGGCGAUAGUCAGCACUGAUGCUCGAAACGGGCUCCUCGCAACCCUUUUUGCGUCAGAACUAAACAGUGCCCUUUCUAGUAGUUGCCAAUCCUGGGGCCUCCUACUAAAUACCACGUUUGGCCACAAUGGUCUUCUGUCUCGUUCUCGCUUGCGGGUGGUUUACGGUAUGACUUAUUUUACCCUCUUUAGAAAGACCAUUACACCUCGUCAUAUCAUGCUGGGUGUACGGAACGACGCCGAGCUGAACGAACUCCUAAAACAUGUGCACAUAAGCCACGGAGGAGUAUUGCCUUGCAUUCACCCCUCUCUGCUCAAGAGGAAGUCGGUGUCAGGUCAGAUGCAAAACAGCACGGGGGUGGUCGUCGCAUCGUCCAGUGGCCGACAAGGCCUCUCUGGUGGAUCUGGAGCGGGUGGCGUCUCGAGUUCCUAG